AUGUCGAACUUUGACCCAAAUGCCAUCCUUCGUGGUGCGCAGCUCACCGUAGUUGGUGCCUACCGAGCAUUGCAGAACCCCAAGCUCUUUACCUCUGAGCACUACAGACAGGCUGCUCUUGCUGUUGCAGCCGGCAUUGCCAUUCGUGUCCUCGUCGCCAUCCCCGCUGUUGGAGUUCGUGUGCUGAUUGCCUUCCUCGGACUGUUCACCGAUCUAAAAAGCUCAGGAUGGGAUGAGGAAAUCAUGGAUGGCCUCGAGUUCCUCGAGCAUUCUGUGCUACAGUUGCCCUUCUUCCUCAUGAGUUUCAUGAGAUACAUCAGUCCCUCUCUGGACAACAUGUUCAUGGAAUCGCUCAGAUGGGUCGACGAGACCUACGUCCAAAAGCACAAGGGCGAGGAUCCAGACUCGCUCCGUGCCAUGUACUAUCCCAACAUGCGCCAAUACACCCACCAUGGUCCUGCUCCUGCUGCAGGAGACAAGCCCUCGCAGAACGCUCCCAAGCAAGCCGCCAUCAAGUUCUUGAUGCGUUACGGUCGCAAGGCUGGCAUCUCCUUAGCCGUCUACGUGCUCUCACUGCUGCCAUAUGUCGGUCGUUUUGUGCUCCCCGCUGCGUCCUUCUACACCUUCAACAAGCAAGUCGGUCUGCAGCCUGCCAUCCUCAUCUUUGGCAGUUCCGUCUUCCUGCCCAAGCGAUACCUGGUUCAAUUCCUCCAAAGCUACUUUGCUUCCAGGAGUUUGAUGAGAGAAUUGCUCGAGCCCUACUUUUCGCGCAUCCGCUUCACCCCUCAGCAAAAGAAGAUCUGGUUCCACGACCGCGAAGGCGUGCUUUUCGGAUUUGGAGUUGGCUUCUUCGUCUUCCUGAAAAUCCCUCUUCUCGGUGUCCUCAUCUAUGGUAUUGCUGAAGCUUCGACUGCCUUCCUGAUCACAAAGGUCACGGAUCCACCUCCGCAACCCGAACAAUGGACCAACUUUGCCGAAACGCAAGCCCAUUGGCGCAACAAGCAUGAGUUUUUGAAGCUCCCCCUGGACAAGCUAGAUGCACUGAACAUCAUAUCGACCAAGGAGGGUGAGAAACCUGAUACGACGACGAUCAAGGGCCGUCAGUUUACCUAG